CUUUGUUGUUUUAUGGCUGUCACUCUGCACUUUUUCCUACAGAAGUUACGCACUGCAUUCGUCGUUAUAGUUGAAAAAGAUGUUAACAGUGAAAGUUAGUUAACGUGCGACGAAGAGAGCGGAGCAGGCUCGUGUCGGAGUUAACCAGUAAGCUAGCUUUAGCUUCAGCUAGCCUCUCGUUUAGUGUGAAAUUAUCUCAUUUUAUCUCCAUCGUCUGAUCCAAAUGGAUAUCAAUAAAACAUUGAUUUCAGGAUUUGCAUAAUUAUCCUCAGUGUUACUCUUUUGGAAACAGUUCAUUUUAGUAGCCUGUGUUUUCAUAAACAAUGGAUCAGAAAAUCCCUUACGAUGACUACCAGCUCCCAGUCGUAUUUCUGCCUUCAUAUGAGAACCCACCAGCAUGGAUAGCCCCACAGGAGAGGAUUCAUCACCCUGACUACAACAAUGAGCUCACCCAGUUUCUGCCUCGUACCGUUGUACUCAAGAAACCUCCAGGAGCCCAGCUGGGCUUCAACAUCCGUGGGGGCAAGGCGUCACAGUUGGGAAUCUUUAUAUCCAAGGUGGUUCCAGACUCAGAUGCCCACCGAGCAGGUCUGCAAGAGGGCGACCAGGUUCUUUCUGUGAAUGAGGUGGAUUUCCAAGACAUAGAGCACUCUAGAGCUGUAGACAUUCUGAAGACUGCGCGAGAGAUACUGAUGAGGGUUCGCUUCUUUCCUUACAACUACCAAAGGCAGAAGGAGAGGACUGUACAUUAGGUGGCAGCAGAGAGGAGGGAGAGAAGGGAGUUGGACAGCUGCGUCACUGCUCAUCAUUACCCUCCUACAGACUCUGGCCUCCAUUCUGUCUCAGCCCCAAGAUGACUGAUGUAUGACUAACAGCCUCCUUCAAAGUCCUCCAUGUACGAACAAUAGCUACUCUGUUAUAUACUCAGUUUCUUCUGCCACCCUAAUCUACUGGUAUACAUAACGAUUUCUACUCUAUCAGGAUGUAUUCACAGGAAGUGAAGGAAGAUACGGUAUAAGCAGACACUUAAUAGACAUUUUACAUCAUAAAUUAUGGAACUAAUACAUAUUUUUCUAGUCAACAUAAACCCCACAUUUGCUUUUCCUCAAGCCCUGUAAUUGUUUUUACGGUAGUCUGAGACAUAUAUUUUAAUCAAGCACAGAGUAGCAGAUGUGUACUGUACACAUUUGCCUUCAUGACAAAGAUAUGAAGUAGUCAUAUGCUUAGUUGCUUAUUUAUUAGGUACACCUACCUAACACUAACAAAUCAGCCUGGAUAUAAAUCAUACCGUCAUGAAAUGUUUAAUGUUCAGUUUUUGUUUAAAACUCAAGAUCCACUUAGUAGCUUUUCCUGCAGCUUUUCAAAAGCAUAUCAUGCAGUUUUUUUUUUAAUGUGUCUUAUAUUGACAAACUGGUAACUGAGUGUGUACAUGUAAAAUGUGCAUAUUUCAGUAUGCACUGAUACACAUGCUACAGAGACAGCCUGACAUAUUUUGAGAGCAAAUGAUGGUGCAAGACUUCUGGUAAAUAUCACUGAUCUUAAUAUCACUGUGAAUAUACUGUACAUCCAUUCUAAAUAUUUAACAAGUUUUUAAAAAUUGUUUAAUGAAUAUUAAGGUGUGUAAAUAUAGUUCAGUGACUGCUAUUGUUACUAAAUACUGUUGAAUGUUUGCUCAUGUUUCAUACAUUUUUAUUUUCCGUAACCUGCUUCUGGGCUGAAUAUUUUAAUUUAAUGUAUGAACUGUGUAUAUGAGGUGCCAAACUGUUGACAACUAUAACUUCUAACAUGACAGUGCACCAUGCCUUAGUAUCAUAGUAAACCUGUAAUCAGGAGACUGAUGUUAGCCAGGAUUAAGUCCAACUGAAGACUGUCGGGUAUUUCAUUUUCAGAUGGAUACAAGCUCUGGAAGUAUAGUUAAUUAACAUUAUAGAAAACAUUUGAAUACCUCUGGAUGUUAAUGCAGUGUGCUAGGUAACAGUAGGUUAAUUAUUUUUGUUUUAUCUCAACACUGUCUUCAUUCCUUUGUACACUACUUUCAUAAAUAAAUUACUGUUGGUGCUCCAUCUGA